AUGCAUUUCCAGACGAUUGCGAGCCUUUUGGCGUUUUCCGGCGCGGCAAACGCCUUUUUCGAUUCAUCGCCUUGGAUUCUCUUGUCAACGUCGCCCUUUGCCAAGGCCCCCAGCGCGGAUCAGAUCCAAACCAGCUCUUCAGUGCUGGGCUUCACCAAGGAUGCUCUAUCGACGUGCCCAACCGAUCGUUACCUCAUUGUCUCCCAGCCUGGCUUGAACACCCAAGACAUCCGCCGAUCCAAUGGCUGCGCGAUGCCGCAUCUCUGCAAAGCCGUCGAUGAUGAGCGAAUCAAGGGCAAAUCCAUUGUGAACGAGGUCGUCGGGAAUUUAGCAGAUGCACAACUAUCAGAAUACAUCAAGUCUGCCUGUGCUAAACAGGGCAAGGCGGCUACUGUGGAGGAAAUCCAUCUGGCUCCCUUGUCUUGGGAGGAUAGGGCUGGCGCAUUCGCUGCCAACGAUGAUAAACUUGCACAAGGCCUUGAGAAGGCCACGGAGGGCAACAGCUAUACAUUCCUCUUCUUCUCGACCCCAGGCGAGCCAAUCUAUGAACCCGAGUUCGAAGAAGCUCUCCGGACGGAGCUGAAGAGGAAUGUUCAGAGCUCUGAACCUUCAAAGGGAGGCAACAAUACCGAGUGGGACAAGCUCCCCUUGUUCGAGAAGUACCAAUUCUUUACUCCCGGUAUCUUCAUGGCACUAAUCACCGCAAUUAUUUUGCUUGCUAUUCUUAGUGUUGGUAUUAGAGCUCUUGGAAGCCUCGAGGUGUCAUAUGGUGCGUUUGAGAAAGACAUGGGCCCUGCCGCACAGAAGAAGAACCAGUAG